GAGGACCGGCCGCCGUCCGCUAAUCCCGAUUACAAAGAGGUGCGCUGCAGAGUGGCGUCCUGGAGUCAGAGGCGCCUGGACGAGGAGAGAGGGGCGACGGCCUGGACUGCGGUAGUGGGAGAAGGGAUGCCAUAAAAGUGCGAGGAUGAAGGGAGAGGACAGCUGAGCGUCUCGCGAUGGACGGCAGAGGGAGGAGAGGAACCAACGGCUCCUUCAAGCGCUCGUCCAUCAAGCGCAGCGCCUCGUCCGGAUCUCAGAGGCUUCAGAGAGCCUGGAUCGAGAAAACCUUCCAGAAGAGAGCAUGCAUCCAGAUCAUUCCGGGGAAAGACGCCAGCAGAUGCAGCUGUGGUCAGUUGGUGGCGCAGCACACGGCCGUGCCAGCAGGGGGCCGCGAGGAAGAGGACGCGGCCCCGCUGGUUCUGCUGGAGGUCCAGGCCACAGAGCGCUGGACCCCCCUCAAACACACCCGGGCCACGCCCACUGAUGCCUACGGCGUCAUUGAGUUCCAGGAAGGAGGUCACGUCAACAAGGCCAUGUACAUCCGCGUGUCGUACGACUCCAAGGCGGACUCCUUGCUGCACCUGAUGGUGAAGGACUGGCAGCUGGAGCUUCCCACGCUGCUCAUCUCGGUCCACGGCGGCCUCCAGAACUUUGAGCUGCCCCCCAAGCUGCGUCAGGUGUUUGGGCGGGGCCUCAUUAAAGCCGCCGUCACCACGGGGGCGUGGAUCUUCACCGGCGGCGUCAGUACCGGCGUGAUCCGCCACGUCGGCGACGCUUUGAAAGACCACUCGUCCAAGUCCCGGGGCAAGGUGUGCGCCAUCGGCAUCGCCCCGUGGGGCAUCAUCGAGAACAAGGAGGACCUCAUCGGGAGAGACGUGUCCCGGCCCUAUCAGACCAUGGCCAACCCCCUCAGCAAGCUGUCGGUUGUGAACAGUAGCCACUCCCACUUCAUCCUGGCCGACAACGGCACCAGCGGAAAGUACGGCGCCGAGGUCCGACUGCGCCGCCAGCUGGAGAAACACAUCGCCCUGCAGAAGAUCAACACGCGUCUGGGUCAGGGCGUGCCGGUGGUGUGUCUGAUCCUGGAGGGCGGUCCCAACGUGAUCUCCAUCGUGUUAGAGAGCCUGAAGGAGGAGCCCCCCGUCCCCGUGGUGGUGUGCGACGGCAGCGGCCGGGCCUCCGACAUAAUUUCCUUCGCCCACAGAUACUGCGAAGAGGACGGCAUGGUGAGCGAGGGCGUGAAGGAGCAGCUGCUGGUGACCAUCCAGAAGACCUUCAACUACGGCCGCAGUCAGGCGCAGCAGAUCUUCCUCAUGGUGAUGGAGUGCAUGAAGAAGAAAGCUCUGAUCACGGUGUUCCGGAUGGGUUCUGAAGGCCAGCAGGACAUUGAGAUGUCCAUCCUAACGGCGCUGCUCAAAGGCACCAACGCGUCGGCGUGCGACCAGCUGAGUUUGGCGCUGGCGUGGAAUCGAGUGGACAUCGCUCGCAAUCAGAUCUUUGUGUACGGACAUCACUGGCCGCCAGUGAAGCUUAGUGAGCAUCCAAAGAGUCCGGCGUCGGUGCAGCGGGCAGCGGCGGCGGCACCAGCAGCGGCCAAAGGAAAAGCCAGAGGAAAAAAAGGAAAAGCCGGUAAAAGCAAACCGGAGCCACCCGAGGAGACGGACCCCAGGAAGCUGGAGCUGCUUAGCUGGGUCAACUCGUUGGAGCAGGCCAUGAUGGACGCGCUCGUCCUGGACAGAGUGGACUUUGUGAAGCUUCUCAUCGAGAAUGGCGUCAACAUCCAUCACUUCCUCACCAUCCCUCGUCUGGAGGAGCUCUACAACACGAAGCUCGGACCCCCCAACACGCUGCACUUUGUGGUGCGAGACGUAAAAAAGGGGAACCUGCCUCCGGACUACCAAAUCACCUUGAUCGACAUCGGGCUGGUGCUGGAGUUCUUGAUGGGCGGAGCUUAUCGCUGCAAUUACACCAGGAAGAGUUUCAGGACGCUGUACAACAACUUGUACGGCCUGAAGAGGCCAAAAGCGUUGAAACUGUUGGGGAUGGAGGAUGACGAGCCCCGUCCCAAAGGUAAAGGCAAGAAGAACAAGAAGAAAGAGGAAGAGGUAGACAUCGAUGUGGACGACCCCGAGGUCAGUCGCUUCCAGUACCCGUUCCACGAGCUAAUGGUGUGGGCCGUGCUUAUGAAGCGCCAGAAGAUGGCGCUGUUCCUGUGGCAGCGGGGGGAGGAGGCCAUGGCCAAAGCUCUAGUGGCCUGCAAGCUCUACAAGGCCAUGGCCCACGAGUCUUCCCAAAGCGAGCUGGUGGAUGACAUCUACCAGGAUCUGGAGAACAACUCCAGAGAGUUCGGGCAGCUGGCUUACGAGCUGCUCGACCAGUCGUACAAACGCGACGAGCAGGUGGCCAUGAAGCUGCUGACCUACGAGCUGAAGAACUGGAGCAACUCCACCUGUCUGAAGCUGGCAGUGGCCGCCAAACAUCGAGAUUUCAUCGCCCACACGUGCAGCCAAAUGUUGCUUACUGACAUGUGGAUGGGAUGUCUGAGGAUGGGCAAGAGUAACAGCCUCAAGGUGAUUUUAGGAAUCGUUUUCCCCCCUGCCAUCCUCCUCCUAGAGUUCCGUAUCGGAGACGAAGCUUCGUAUCACUCCUCUAAAGAGAAUGAGGGCAGCAAAAGCAAAGAAGAAGACAACAAGUCCUGCAAAGAUGCCAUCUCCAACAUGGACACCACAUCCAAGAAAGGAGAUGAGGAAGAAAACCUGAAGAAAGGCAGGAAGAGGGUUCCCAUUGGGAGUCAGAUCUAUGAGUUCUACAACGCCCCCUUCACCAAGUUCUGGUUUAACACUAUUUGCUACCUGGCCUACCUCUCGUUGUACAACUACAUCAUCCUAGUCAAGAUGGAGCGAUGGCCAUCCCUUCAGGAGUGGAUCGUCAUCUCGUAUAUCAUAACACUGGGCCUGGAAAAAGUCCGACAGAUCCUGAUGUCGGAGCCGGGCAAAUUGAAGCAGAAGAUUAACGUGUGGCUGGAGGACUACUGGAACAUCACAGACCUGGUGGCCAUCUGUGUCUUCCUGCUCGGGCUGCUGUUGAGGCUGCAGAAUGAGCCCUACAUGGGCUAUGGCCGCGUUAUCUACUGCGUGGACAUCAUCUUCUGGUACAUCCGCGUCCUCGACAUCUUCGGGGUCAACAAGUACCUGGGGCCAUACGUGAUGAUGAUUGGGAAGAUGAUGAUCGACAUGCUGUACUUCGUAGUCAUCAUGCUGGUGGUCCUGAUGAGCUUCGGCGUGGCCCGGCAGGCCAUCCUGCAUCCGGACGAGGAACCCACAUGGCGCCUGGCUCGCAACAUCUUCUACAUGCCGUACUGGAUGAUCUACGGCGAGGUGUUUGCAGACUCCAUAGACCUUUACGCCAUGGAGAUCAACCCUCCAUGUGGAGACAACUUAUACGAUGAAGACGGGAAGAAGCUUCCUCCCUGCAUCCCUGGAGCCUGGCUGACUCCCGCCAUCAUGGCCUGCUACCUCCUGGUGGCCAACAUCCUGCUGGUCAACUUACUCAUCGCCGUCUUCAACAACACGUUCUUCGAGGUGAAGUCCAUCUCAAACCAGGUGUGGAAGUUCCAGCGUUACCAGCUGAUCAUGACCUUCCACGAUCGGCCCAUUCUGCCGCCGCCGCUCAUCGUCUUCCCGCACAUCUUCAUCGUCCUCAAGAGGCUGUGUUGCCGAUGCCGUCGCCGGCAGGAUGGCGACCGCGACGACCGCCAGAGACGCCUACAGCUGCUGCUGAGUGCGGACGAGCUGAAGAGUCUUCACGAGUUCGAGGAGCAGUGCGUGGACGAAUACUUCCGCCAAAAAGACGACGAGAAGCAGUCGUCCAACAACGAGAGGAUCAGAGUCACCUGCGAAAGGGUGGAGAACAUGUUCAUGCGUCUGGAGGAGGUCAACGAGCGGGAACAUUCCAUGAAGGCGUCGCUGCAGACGGUGGACCUGCGCCUGGCGCAGCUGGAGGAGUUCUCGGGCCGCAUGAUGAACGCCCUGGAAAAGCUGGCGGGCGUCGACCGGGCCGAGCUGGCCCGCACGCGCUCCAGAGGCUCGUCCAUGUGCGACGGCGGCGCUCUGCUGCGACGCGGCAGCAUCAACAGCGCCGACGGCUGCAGCCUGUACCGCUACCAGCUGGAGCCCGACCCGGACGGGACCUCCCUGGGCGGGAGUCCGGAGAGGCGAGGGGUGAACGUGGACCAGGGUGACGCCCAUGUGGCCGUCAAGGAGGCGGGCGCCACUCUGGGCAUCCACCAAGUGCGGGACAGAAGUCAGUCUUUGUCCAACGUGGACAUCCUCAUCUCUCCCUGCGAGCAGGACCGCAGAUCACCUGAGACCGUCGCCGUGGAGACGGCGGGAGGACGCGCUAGACUGGAGGCGGUGGUCUCCUUCCCGCUGGAGAGGUCAAGGGUCACGCCGUGUUUGUCCUCCCACGUGUCUGACAAAGGAUCCGUGAGCAGCCUGAUGUGUAGCCCCGCCCUCCGGCAGACGCCUGACCGCCUGGCACAGGGUCCCCACGGCAACGGCGAGGGGGAGGAGCCCGAGGAGGACAACGAGGACAGGACGUACCCGACACUGCGCUCCAAAAGCCUCAACGUGAACCCAAAGAAGGGCCGGACACAAAGGACGGACGCGCCUCGCUCGGCUGCCAGCGUCGCCGAUUUGGUGUCCGCGUUUGGGGGCGGCGAGGGCGAGGACCCGAGCUAGUCAAAGGUCAGCAGGACUUGAACGUUCAUAUUUGUAAGCAUCUUCAGUCUUCCUGCUCUGUGGGGCCCGAUUCAGCGGGUCCCGUUUAUGCCGACAACCCACCGCGUUAUUAUGACUAAAAAGUGGCAGCAAUUUUUAUCUCUAUAAAAUAAAUGAGUCCGUUUAUGUCGACACCACCCUCCCUAUAUGCACUAUAUAACACUAAGAGCUGUGCAUUUUGUGUGAAUAAGCACAUGGAAAAUGUUAAUUCCUAGCCUCUUCCUGCUCUGUCACUGGUAAGAAUAUAAUGGCAAGAAGGGCAUGAGGAAGCUUUGGUCCUUUAAUGUGAGCAGCAAGCUGUUGGAGAUCUUUUAUCAGUCUGUUGUGGCCGGUGCCCUGUACUUUGCAGUGGUUUGUUGGGGGCAGCAGCACCAGCAAAAUGGACUCAAACCAGAUUGAUAAACUGAUCCGGCCAAACUACUGGCACGCAGUUGGAGGCGCUUGUGUCAGUGAGGGACAGGAGGACACUGGACAAACUGCUCACCAUCAUGGACAAUCCUGCCCACCCACUCCACCAGACAACUGAGGGACAGCGGAGCUCAUACUCCAACAGGCUCCUUCGUCGAUUCAAGAACUCCUUCAUUCCGCACUCCAUGCAGCUGUAUAAUCACUCGCCAUACAGCAUUAGAUGAUAUCGGUCUAUUACCUGACACCUUCUAUGUUAGCUACCUCUUUGUUUAUAAUGUCUAUUUUCUGCUGGAUCUACUCUCUAUUUUAUGCUGCAGCUGUUACAUAUACUGUAAUAUUCCAUCCAUCCAUCCAUUUCCUACCGCUUAUUCCCUUCGGGGUUGCGGGGGGCGCUGGAGCCUAUUUCAGCUACAAUCGGGCGGAAGGCGGAGUACACCCUGGACAAGUCGCCACCUCAUCGCAGGGCCAACACAGAUAGACAGACAACAUUCACACACUAGGGCCAAUUUAGUGUUGCCAAUCAACCUAUCCCCAGGUGCAUGUCUUUGGAGGUGGGAGGAACCCGGAGUACCUGGAGUAGGGAUGAUACUCGAAACCGAUUUUCCCGGUUGUUCGAUAAGAAAAGAACCGAGUCCGUUAUCGAGACCACUAUAGUAAAGAAAAAGAGUUGGUUCUUUAUUCGAAUCCCGUCCCGACCAGAAAUGCCCCGUGGGACAUCACAUGAAAUGACGUCACGUAGCUCAGUCAUUAGGCGCAGAUAGGGAAAGCAGGAAAAACAAUGGUGUAAUAAAGUUCAAAACAAAAGGUAUAAUCCAAUGAAUAACUUUACUGAGAGAUUUGAGCAGGGUACAAACACAUGACGAACACUUUUACGACCAACCGGUAACAUAGCAACCAGGCUAGCAACGCACCUCCUUUACGGCAGCUGUCGCAACGUUCUUAAAGCAACCACAGCACAUACAUAUAUAUAUACACAACAUAUAUCUCCAGUGUUUCCCAUAAACUGCCAAGAUACCUGUGGCGGUGGGGGCGUGGCUAUGGGCGUGGUCACCAUAACAUCAUCGAGUAAUUUGCAUAAUUUACUACAAUGAUAUGAUUUUCUCUAAAAAGGCUAAAAAAAUGUAUACUUACUAAUUAAUAAUAACAGUUUUGUUUUAAACGUCCAUCCAUCCAUCCAUUUUACAAUAUAAUUACAACACUUUAUGUACAUAUUUAAAAACAGAUUUGAAAAAUAAGUUAUUCACUGAAAUAUAUGUAUUAAUUGUGAUUCUUACAAAAAAUAUAUCUUAUAAAAUAUAAAAGCUAAAAUGUCUCAAAGCUCUGCCCCUUUAAUUGGUGCAAACUAAAUAAUUUAACUUUAGCCUACUACUACAACCAUAUUAUUUACCAGCAACAUAAAGUGAAACAGAGGCAGAGGUGUCCUGCCACAGUCAGUAACAAAUAAAAAGAAAACAGUAGUGGUGGUAGAUAGACACAGAGCUUCAUCAAACAUCUGAUCCACUGAACAAAGAGCUCCAAAAAUCUUGAACUUUAGACUGUCAUCAGUUUUACUCCCCACGCUUAACCAUGUGUUUCCUACUGCCUGCAGACUUUGCACCCUUUGUUAUAUACACAUGUGUUUCUAAUAUAAAUACAUUUAAUAAAGUCAAAUACAAAUAAGGCAACAAGAGAAGUAUCCUACACUUCUCUUUUGUAAAGUAAAUCUGAACAGCCGAUAUGGGCAUCUACAUCAACUAUAUGAUUUGCCUGAGAAGCUGGAGAGGACAAUUUUUUUUUUUUUUUAUUUGUGGCGGACGUAAUUCUUUCGUGGCGGGCCGCCACAAAUAAAUGAAUGUGUGGGAAACCCUGAUCUCCCUUUUUUAACUUUUGUUUUUCUUUCCUUGUAAACAAAACAAAAUCACACUGUAUAUGUGUUGUCUGUCUAAUUAUAAAUAAUGCAGACGAGGCGUGUUGGCUGAGUUCUUGACGUUUACUUUCACAGCAUGCUCAUAACCUCAUUCUUACAGAUGGUACAAAAUGCGGCUGCUAGACUUUUGACAAAAACAAGAAAGUUUGAUCAUAUUACGCCUAUACUGGCUCACUUGCACUGGCUUCCUGUGCACCUAAGAUGCGACUUUAAGGUUUUACUACUUACGUAUAAAAUACUACACGGUCAAGCUCCUGCCUAUC